CGAGGAAACCACGUGUGAUCCCCGCCACCAUGCACAGCGCUGUCCUUCCUCCGUAGACUUGUUUUUGUAAGCUCGUACCCUUCGCAUGUAGCCAAGCUAGCCCGAGUUAGCCGGAGAAGCAGACAAGGAUCUUUUCUUUUCUUGAAUUUCCUUCGCGAGACUCUCACACAUUCGAGCAGAGCUGCUGGGGGAUCUCUGUGGCCACACUGACUGCCGACCAUGGUGAGCAAGACAGAUGACAUCCCGGCGGCAGUGCCCGACUGUAAUCCGGUUGAUCUUGCGGAUGCAGCCGGGGAUGGAGCCCAAGAAACCCCCAAGACACGUCUGAAGGAUUCCUACGAUUGUGGGCACAGUGCAGACACAGCCAUGACGAACGGGGACGGGGCUCACGAGCAGACGGAGGUGACGGAAUCGAAGCAGGAUGUUACCAGUGAGGUGGACGGAGGAGAGGAGUCCAACGAACAGGAAGUGAUAGUGAUCCAGGACACAGGCUUCACUGUGAAGAUCCAGGCACCGGGAACAGAGCCGUUUGACCUGCAGGUGUCCCCUCAAGAAAUGGUACAGGAAAUCCACCAGGUGUUGAUAGACCGCGAGGACACCUGUCACCGCACCUGCUUCUCCCUGCAGCUAGACGGAAAUGUGCUGGACAACUUUGCGGAGCUCAAGUCCAUCGAGGGCCUGCAGGAGGGCUCACUGCUGAAAGUGGUUGAAGAGCCCUACACCGUGCGUGAAGCUCGCAUCCAUGUGCGUCACAUCAGAGACCUGCUGAAAAGUCUGGACCCCUCAGACGCCUACAAUGGAGUGGACUGCAACUCCCUCUCCUUCCUCAGCAUCUUCACCGAUGGAGACCUCGGAGAUAGUGGUCAGCGCAAGAAGAAGGGCAACGAUCUGGAGCAGAUUGACUGCACCCCCCCAGAGCACAUCCUCCCUGGCAGCAAAGAGCGCCCCCUGGUGCCCCUCCAGCCACAGAACAAGGACUGGAAGCCUAUGCAGUGCCUGAAGGUCCUAACCAUGAGCGGCUGGAACCCUCCGCCGGGAAACAGGAAGAUGCACGGUGACCUCAUGUACCUGUACAUGGUGACUGUGGAGGAGCGCCAUAUCAGCGUCACUGCCUCUACACGCGGCUUCUACCUCAACCAAUCUACCACCUACACCUUCAACCCCAAACCAGCCAAUCCCAGCUUCCUGAGCCACUCUCUGGUGGAGCUGCUGAGCCAGAUCAGCCCUGCCUUCAAGAAGAACUUCACUGCCCUGCAAAAGAAAAGGGUCCAGAGACACCCCUUUGAGAGGAUAGCCACGCCCUUCCAGGUGUACAGCUGGACCGCUCCGCAGGUCGACCACGCCAUGGACUGUGUUCGUGCCGAGGACGCCUACACCUCCCGCCUGGGUUAUGAAGAGCACAUUCCUGGACAGACCAGAGAUUGGAAUGAGGAGCUGCAGACCACCAGAGAGCUUUCCCGGAAGAACCUGCCUGAGCGGCUGCUGAGGGAGCGGGCCAUAUUCAAGGUUCACAGUGACUUCGCAGCUGCUGCCACUCGAGGAGCCAUGGCAGUAAUUGAUGGCAACGUGAUGGCCAUCAACCCCGGUGAGGAAACGCGCAUGCAGAUGUUCAUCUGGAACAACAUCUUCUUCAGCCUCGGCUUCGACGUGCGGGACCACUAUCGUGAGCUGGGCGGAGACGCUGCCGCCCACGCAGCACCAACUAAUGACUUGAACGGAGUACGAGCUUACGGCGCAGUGGACGUGGAGGGUCUCUACACCCUGGGGACAGUAGUUGUGGACUACAGAGGCUACCGUGUCACCGCCCAGUCCAUCAUCCCGGGUAUCCUGGAGCGUGAGCAGGAGCAGAGCGUCAUCUAUGGAUCCAUUGACUUUGGAAAGACUGUUGUGACGCACAGCAAAUAUAUGGAGCUGCUGGAGAAGACCAGCAGGCCACUCAAGGUCCAGAGGCACAACGUACUGAACGAGAAGAACGACUCCGUGGAACUGUGUUCCUCUGUCGAGUGUAAAGGCAUCAUCGGAAAUGAUGGCCGACACUAUAUUCUGGACCUCCUGCGUACUUUCCCUCCUGACCUCAAUUUCCUGCCCGUGGAUGGAGAGGAGCUGCCUCCAGAGAGUCGGCACCAAGGCUUCCCUCGCCAGCACCGCCACCGCCUGGCUUGUCUCCGCCAAGAGCUCAUUGAGGCCUUUGUUGAGCACAGAUAUCUUCUCUUCAUGAAGAUGGCGGCGUUACAGCUCAUGCAACAGAAAGCAAACAAGGACACUAAGACUGCCAUACCUGCCAUCACACAAACCUCAGAAACCCCCACAGAAAGCAAUGCAGAGACAAGCCAUACACAGACCACUGCAUCAGAUUCUCCUAAUGCAACAGAGGCCUCCACAGACGGCACAAGCCAGACAGACAACAGCACCUCUGGUGCCUCACAGGCUGCAACUGCCAGUGAGGAAAACCCGUCAAAGCCCGCCACAAACGGGCCUGUAGACCCCGCAGCCACCCAGAAUGGGGAGUGCAAGAGCCCACUGGAGGGUAAGGAGCUUGAGGAAAUUAUUCCCGGAUUAGCUCAGGCCAAAGAGCUGGCGGAGACCUUAGUUGCUGAAGAUGGAUCUGGUAUUGAUCCUAAAAGCCGUGAGGUCGUCCUCAACGCUUGCAAGGCAGUCGGCUCCACCAGCAACACAUCUUUUGACAUUCGCUUCAACCCUGACAUCUACUCCCCAGGAGUGCGUUUCCCAGAUGACAGUGCAGAUGACGUCCAGAAGCAGAAGCAACUACUUAAAGAUGCUGCUGCCUUCCUGGUGUCCUGUCAGAUCCCAUCACUGGUUAAAGACUGUUUGGACCACAGUGCUCUGCCCAUGGAUGGAGCCACACUCACAGAGGCGUUGCACCAAAGAGGCAUCAACAUUCGAUAUUUGGGCACCGUUCUGGAGUUCGUGGACAAAACCCCUGCUAAAGCUCAGCUGGAGCACUUCUAUAGAAUAGGAAUCAGUGAGCUGAUCACCAGAUGUGCAAAACACAUCUUCAAGACUUACCUCCAGGGCGUGGAGUUGUCUGCACUCUCUGCUGCUGUAAGUCAUUUCCUGAAUUGCUUACUGAGCUCCUUCCCUGACGCUGUCGCCCACCUGCCUGCCGAUGAGCUGGUGUCCCGCCGCAAAAGCCGUAAACGUCGUAAUCGGGUCCCUGGCGGCGGAGACAACACGACGUGGGCCAGCCUGACGCCCAGCGAGCUGUGGAAGAACAUUGCCUCCGAGUCCCAGAGCUACUACCACUUCACUGUGCAGUGUGAAAGCGUGGACCAGGUAGUGGAGAAAUAUGGCCUCCAGAAAUCCACUCUGCUCAGAGAAAUUUCUAUCAAAACUGGCAUCCAGAUUCUGAUAAAGGAGUACAACUUUGAUAGCCGCCACAAGCCUGCCUUCACAGAAGAGGACAUCCUGAAUAUUUUCCCUGUUGUGAAGCACGUUAACCCCAAAGCCUCUGAUGCUUUCCACUUCUUCCAGAGUGGACAGGCCAAAGUACAGCAAGGUUUCCUGAAGGAGGGCUGUGAGCUGAUCAACGAGGCUCUCAACCUCUUCAACAACGUGUACGGACCCAUGCAUGUAGAGAUCUGCGCCUGCUUGCGCCUGCUAGCACGCCUCAAUUACAUCAUGGGAGACCACGCUGAGGCUCUGAGUAACCAGCAAAAAGCCGUUCUGAUGAGUGAAAGAGUCCUCGGCAUCGAGCACCCCAACACAAUUCAGGAAUAUAUGCACUUGGCUCUGUACUGCUUUGCCAAUGGGCAGCUGUCGACCGCCCUGAAGCUGCUUUAUCGAGCCCGUUACCUCAUGUUGGUGGUCUGCGGGGAGGACCACCCAGAGAUGGCACUGCUAGAUAGUAACAUUGGGCUGGUGCUGCACGGGGUGAUGGAAUAUGAUUUAUCUCUGAGAUUCUUGGAGAACGCCUUGACCAUCAACACAAAGUACCAUGGAACCCGAUCCCUCAAAGUGGCCCUCAGCCAUCAUUUGGUUGCAAGGGUUUACGAGAGCAAGGCCGAGUUCCGCUCUGCACUACAGCAUGAGAAGGAGGGCUACACCAUUUACAAGAACCAGAUGGGUGAGGCUCAUGAGAAAACCAAGGAGAGCUCAGACUACCUGAAGUAUCUCACCCAGCAGGCCGUGGCUCUUCAGAGGACCAUGAAUGAGAUCUAUAAGAACGGCUCCAACGCCAGCAUCAUGCCCCUAAAGUUCACUGCCCCCAGCAUGGCCAGCGUCCUGGAGCAGCUGAACAUUAUCAACGGCAUCAUCUUUAUACCUCUCAGCCAAAAGGAUCUGGAGAACCUGAAGGCAGAGGUUCAGAGGCGGCAGCAGCUCCAGGAGCUGGGGAAAAGCGAGGAGCCAAUCGAAGACAGCCCACUGGAACUAGACGAUAAAAUUCCCAUUGAUUAAUAUCCAAAAUCCCUCAGCACACUCCUGCUUUCUGCUAUUAGGGUGGGAGGGGGUAGCCCGUGACGAAACGGCCAUGUCACUGGGCCUGUGGACCUGAGAACCAAGCGGUGUAAAUCGGCAUUGAAAUAAACGGGGGGAGGGAGGGAUGGAUUGGUCAAGGCAGUCCAGAGAACAAACUGUAUAAACUAUAGGACAAAUGAAUACAGAGCAGGGAUUUCCUACAAGGUACUAACUGAAGGAGGAGAAAUACAAACAGAAUCAAUGUUAAAGUGCAAUCUUAAAAAAAAUAAAAUCCCCAGCCCAAGAACGGGUUGAUGAAGUCACUGAAGGUGUUGGCUGCUUAGAAAUAUGAUUAUAUAUGAAAGUGUUUGCAGCCGGGGGAGGGAGACCAAGGAUGACCAUGACAUUGUAUACCAGAGCCUUAUCCACUGUACCAUAAUCCCCAAGUAAUGAUUCUUCUUAACUCAAACUUCCCACAACCGCUAUUAUCCCAGGACCACAUUCUGCCCUGUCAUUCCCUUAAGAACCUUGAAGAACCCCAGGCCUGUAUUUCCCCUCAACCCCCUGGUGCUCUAAAUAAUAAAUCGCCUACCCUGUCCUAGAACUCAGGGGUACUUUAUACUGUGCACUAAGACCAGGAUACAGUCAAUAAAUUUGAGAUCAUCGUAAGUGGGGCUUCAGAAUGUAAAUUUCCCUCUUUGUGGCUUCUUUGAGCUACUAAGCAACGAUCGCUCAUCAUUCUUUCUGCGAUCCUCGAUGGUUGAUUUAUUUGAUCUGUUCAAUUAUUUGUACCUACGACAUCCCACGUGGGUGCCUGCUGUGACCCAUGGUUCCUGAAUAUCCAAACAAACAAACAAGCAAACAAUAUAGUGACACAUUAAUUAGCUUUCAGCUGUUUUUUUUUUUUUGUUUUUUUAAGUAAAUAAACUUUUUUGUAAAAGUGCACAGGAGAAUAAAAAUGGUAUUUUAGGACCUGUUAAUCAUCAGUUAAUUUAAGCCAUGUCUGUUUUAUAGAAAAUGUAUAGAAGUGGAAAAAAGAUGUAUAAAUCUCUAUCGGGUUUAGACAUGUUCUCAAUGGAUGCGAAUGGAUAAAACGCAGAUUUGAAAACGUCCAUUUUAUGCAGUAGAUUUAUUGAUCUAUAUAGUAGCUGUGUCCAACUUUCUAUUUUUACACAUUGAAAGAAAAUGUGCAUGUAUGUUUGUACGUGUGACAGUGUGUGUGUCUUUGUGUCUAAUCUAUUGGCCAGAGCUGUUGCUGCUGCAUAGUUAUGAAUAGAGGUUGAGUGAACAUUGGCUUUCCAGAUGUUUUAUUUUUCUACACACAGUUAACCUGUUGGAUGGCUGAUGCCUCUCUUCUUAAAACAUUCAUGGCCUCCAAUGUUGUCAAUCUGUUUAUGCAUCGAUUGGUCUUGAAAGGAGCCUCUUUCCACCAUCGGACGGGUGCUCAACAUUGGCAGUAGUGAGUGAUUUAUUGUUGCUGGGUGUAUUUUUGUUUUGUUUUUUGUUUUUCCUUUUUCAUUAUUUGGUUAUGUCAUCUUUUCAUAUGUAACCGAGACAAAAACCAGCCAGGAGUGUCUGUUCACUGAGCAGUAUUUAGUGCACUUUCUUGUGCUGUAUGGGUGUGUUAACUUUCACAGCACCACCAAAAGUGGACAAAAGAAGGGCUGCCUCAAUGUGAUGUACCAAAAAAAAAAAGAAAAAAGACUGAUAAAGGUUUGUUUGCGCUUGUAUACAUGCAAUGUUUCCCUCCCGUGGCAAUUUGUUACUUAAUUGUUGCCGUAUCUAAAUGUUAAUGUGAUUAAAGCAAUAGAGCGAGUGAGUGCUGGAACUGAUUUUGAGAGAAUGCAGUUUUUACUUGGCACAAAAUGUGCAACAUGGACUACUUACUGUACUGGCUGAAUUACCUGCAAAUACAGGAGAUGUAGAAAAACAAAACAAAAGGUGAGCUCUUGAGUCUGAGCCAUGAGGUUAUUACAAUGAGUUUCCUGAUUGUGCUCCUAAAACAUGAUGCCAUAACAUGCAGUAGCAGAGCCUGGUGUGUAUUGUGCCUCUUAUUUAUGCUUCUGAAUGAAACGGGUGAUAACAGGUUAAAUACUAAACGCUUCAUAAUAAUCAUAUAUGCUUCUUCUGGUUUUCUGUUUCUGUUAUACUUUCUUCAGUUUAGUUAUUUACUUAUCCCCCCGUUCCCCAAGUCUAGCUCAACAAUACCAUCAUUGUCCAUGAGGUGGCACACUAACAUUUGUUCCAUGUUGUGAAGGACAUUUAUUGAAUCAAACAUCAGGCAGAUGUUGUGUAAAUACACAUAAAUACAUACAUGUAAGUUCACUCGGACAGUUAGAAAGAUGGAAUUUUAAUUUUGAGCACUUUUUCAUUAGUCCGACGGCUCAAAAUAUUAAAGACUGCUACAUGCUGAACGUGUUCUGAAUCUGUUGAAAUCCCAACAGCAGUGAGUGUAUUGUGUGGGGUAUUUUUAUUGUUUAUGAUAUAGAAUAAAUCUAUUGAGAAUUA